UAAAGAAGUAAUCUUUGACGAUAUCUAAGAGAAAGAUUUUGUUGAAAUUAGUCAAUUACAUUCAAAUUAAAUUAUCAAGGACAAAUUCCUUUUUCAGAUUUCUGUUCACUUGCAUACCCUUUUGCAGACAUUUCUUUUCAAACAACAGCGAGUCUUCAAUUUUUCAACAGUAGAGCAGAUGGAAAAUUAUCAUGAAUGAACUGAAAUAAAUUUCCAAUCAGAAGAAGAAAUAAAGUUCAAAUCUUUGCUUCACUCACCACAAAAUAUGACAGAAAAUCUCAAGGAAUUUUCAAACUCAACCCCACAAAAAAUGCUCAACGAUGAAUGUUUCAAGUGCAAAAGAAAAGGCCACUGGGCCAACGAAUGCCCCAACAAAUCCCCCAAGAAAUCAGCCGCAUCAAGUCCUAAAAACUCAACGAAUUCUAUCCCUGCAACACCAGUUCGAUGCCCUUGGUGCUUUCGUUUGUGUCGCCUGAAAACAUCUCAGACAGAGAAGAAUCCUGAUCGAGACUAUUAUGCUUGUCCUGUUCCGGGUAAGAAUCAUUUUUUUCAGUGGUUUGAUGAGUUCAGUAGCAUUGUUGCUAAAGCUCCCAAGUGUAGGUGUGGUGCUGGGAUUUGUAGUGUGAGUAAAAUAUUUACUGGCGUAUACGCUGAGAGGUGGUAUUAUGCUUGCCGGCUUAAAAAGCAGGAUUUUGGAAAAUGUGAGUUUUUCGGGUGGGCAGAUCCUGAAGUAAAUACUAUGAUGAGAAGAAAUGGGUCUGAAAGCAAAGAGCAUUCUUCUCUUCAAUCAAGAACAUAUAUUGCAAAUAGUGACAUGAACAAGAUAGAAAUGAGUUUUGAGAUAAAUGUAGCUGAAAAAUUUGCAAAUAUAUCAUUUCGUAAACCUUCGGAUCGAUUCGAAAUCCCCAAAGUGGACCUAGUGAUGCAAAAGGAGGAAUCCUCGGAUGUUAAUAAAUUCCAAGUAAUGAAUCAAUCAAUCAGUCCUUCACCAGAAGGAUUAUGGAGGCGAGUUUCUGUUGGGGAGAAGCACACUAAUGAAGGUAAAUUCUGUUCCUUCAACCCCCUUGCCAGUUCUCAAGAUUCAGGUAUUGUCUGUGCAAAGAUUGAAGAUUGUUCAGGUCUAAUGCAAACCCAAAGCGUUUCGUGGAAGUCGAAAUUGAAGACAGUCGGACGUGCGCUAUUCAGUAUCUUCGAUUCUAUGAAUCCACUUGAUCCUGCACAUAUGGUAAAGGUGGCGGAACCAAUUUUAAUCGACAUUCAGAAGUUCUCUAUUGAAUGUGGUCCAUUUGUCAAGAAUGUAAAUGAAUACAUUCGCAACGUAUCGAUACUCAUUUCAGUCGAGGAGUCUAUGCGCAGAGGCCCAUCCUCUCAAGAACUAAAUAAUCGAUAUGAGAGUGAAAAAGUAGAGUUUGAGGAAAUCUUUUGCCGGUAUUCUGACGCAAAAGAGGCGCACGGAGUUUCAGAUAAGUACCUCAAAUUACUCGGUGAUGAAGUUUCAGGAUUAAAAGGCGUAGAUAUUGAAGUUGAGGAAGAGUUUGCUGUUUGUGAGACGGAAACAAAAUUGCUAGAAGCUCGUGUUAAUGAAGCGUUUGAGGAUGUGUUCGAGUCAAAGGUGCAUAUGCAGAUUAUGUCUUAUGAAAUAGCACAAGCUGCAAAACUCGAACAGCAGCGUGAGUGGGUGUGGCGCGACGCGAUGGCUGCAUUGGAGAAGGCGCGACUCUGGCUGGAACUACUAUAAUAUUAAAUAAGCUUAAAAUGAUUGUAUAAUAAUUAUGUAAAUUAUGAUGUAUGUUCAGUAAAUUAUGUUCCAACUUUAAGUCUGAGUAUGGUAUAAUUCAAAAUUAACUUGUCAAGCUAA